AUGUCAGAAAAUUUUCUGCUUAAACCAAAAUUUGCUAUUUUAACUUUAAGAUCUACUAAAGGAUACAUUGAUAAUAUUGGAAAGCAUCGCUGGGAUGCCAAGUUUUAUUCGGAAUUUAUGCCCAUUAAAUCGUCGGGUUCACUUGCAAGAGAUAUAAGAACUGCACUUUUUAAAGUAUUUAAAAUUCCUGAAAUCAAAACAAAUUCAGGUGAAAAAGGAAAGGUAUUAUUGAACGAGAAGAGAAUUCCAAAAGAAAUUGACAUCUUGGAACUUCAAGAAGAAUCCAAAGAAAAAACAAGCUAUAAUGAAGGUGUUGAAGAAACUUCUGAAGAUAAUGAUGAUGCAAGAUUAUUUGAAUAA